UAUGGCUGAUCGGCGGGCGGAGCGAUCCCGUCCGUGUGUAAAGAUGUUUUCUCUAAAGAAAUGGAACGCGGUGGCGAUGUGGAGUUGGGACGUGGAGUGUGACACGUGCGCCAUCUGCAGGGUGCAGGUCAUGGAUGCCUGUCUGCGCUGCCAAGCUGAGAACAAGCAGGAGGACUGUGUAGUGGUAUGGGGAGAAUGUAAUCACUCAUUCCACAACUGCUGCAUGUCCCUGUGGGUGAAGCAGAACAACCGGUGCCCACUGUGCCAACAGGACUGGGUGGUGCAAAGAAUAGGAAAAUAACCCGUUUGCGUCCUGUCCGUCAUCCAGACACAUCGAAAUGCUCGUAUACAGUUCUGAUGUACAGAUCGUAGUGCUCAACGUGAGUGACUGGUAAUAUUUAAGAAUACACUAGCUGAGGAUGGAAGCAAAGGGACCCCCUUGUGAAUCUGCAGCAGAUCUGACUAGACUUGGUGUUCAAUAAAGUUAACCUACCUUUU